AUGGUUUCUCCGUUCUCGAUGUCGACAAUGGCAGAUGGCACCUCUUGUUUAUCUUUGAUCAAGUACUCCACUCUGAGAUCGAACGGUUUUUCUGCCGUUGGCUUGAAGUUGCCCUUCACGAUAUCCGGCUUUUCUUUCGUAUCGGCACACAGUGCGGAAACGGCUAAUGCUAAAGAGGCAAACACAGUUGACAACUUCAUUAUGAAAGAUGAUUAUGUUUUUUAUGUUUUUCGUCGAGAAAAAAUAGCCAUCGAGGCAAGCACACGGAAAUCGUCCUUUGCAAAACUUGCGUCGAUUUCUUGCCCAAUGUCUUUUGAACACGCCAUGAGUGUUUUGAAUUUGGACCCUGUGCCUUCUGUUGAGCCCGAGACGUUGCAGACCAUGGCUCUUGACCAAUUGGCCCAGUUGCGUGGCCGGAUCGAGUCCCAGAUCGACGCCCUCUUGUCUCGCUUGAGGGCACAAAAAGCCGACAUGGAUACACCCUUGGUCACCCCAGACGGGUUCCCUCGUACAGAUAUGGACGUUGUGGAGGUGCGGCUUGUUUGCUCGCAGAUCAUUCGUCUGCGCAACGACUGGCGCGCGAUCUCGUCGUUACUUCAAACUAAACUCGCCGAGUCCUUCAACUCUACAAACACAUCCUCGCCACCGUCCAGAAUUCCGUUCGCCACAGUCGACCUCGUCGCCGAAGAAAGCCCAGCACAGCUCGCAGGACUCGCCGUCGGCGACAAGCUCGUCUCGUUCGGCCGUGUCAACGCUACAAAUCAUAAUAACCUGAAAGCUCUUGUCUCUGCGGUGGCAGAAAACGUUCCUGUGGACCUAACUCUAUUAAGAAAUAAUACCCUGCACACAAUCAAGCUGGUUCCCUCCAAAUGGAACGGACAGGGUCUUCUGGGAUGCAAAUUUACCGUGAUCGCAUAA